CUGACACCUGGACUAUGUGGUAACACAAGGGUUUGAAGUCUGCCGCAGUUUAUGCGUUGUAACAAGUCAGGCAGGAAUAAGGAGAAGAACUGAGGACUCAAGUUGAAAAAUUAUUUGGGCCACUUGGGGCCAUACAGUGUCACGCGGGCUAGCAGAACACGUGGGUACGGAGAACUUUACCUGACAGCGAGUUUCGGGUACAGUCGGUGUCCGAGGUAAGACAUCCUUGGCAUUAGAGGCUGUUGACGUCUCAAGAUGCCUUGCAAGCAGCCACUUCAAACAGGAUAAAGAACACGAGGAAGCGGCAACACAAAAGAAAAUGAAGCAAGGCAAAUCUACGCGCGGUCAAGCAAUCAGCAGAAUUAGUCUAUAGAAGCCACAUCUAGAUAGCCACAAUCCCUCGGUGUUCCAGUCGCGUCUCCGACAUGGCCACGAGAGGCUGGGUGUUUGUCCUGUUCGUCAUUGCUAACGAAGUCGUCUGUCCUGGCGCAAACUCUUCCCAAUCUGGCAGCCCAGACUGUGACAAGCAUGAUUGCAUGGACGGCCUUCGUCAUGCGGACACUGAUGGUCUACUCAUCUACAAAUUUAAAGACGUCCUGACUGGUCAUUGGAGUCCGCCUAACCGGGCAGCCAUGGAAUGUCUUCAGCUACAAUUGGACCGGCAGAAGAAUUCUAUCUCGAAACUCGGUGCACUGUUGGACAGCAUAGACGUAAAAGAUUGUGGAGAAAUCUACCGAAACACCAAAGGCCGCAUGGUUUCUGGAAUCUACACUAUCUACCCGCGUGCGCCAGACGGCGAGGACAAGAGCGCCCCUCUCCGUGUGUUCUGCCGUGUGAAGGCCGGCCGAGCCUGGACCGUCAUCCAGCGGCGACAGGACGGGUCUGUGGACUUCUACAACCGGACAUGGGAGGACUACCGCCGGGGGUUCGGCAAUCUGACGGGAGAGUUCUGGCUCGGGAACGACAACAUCCAUAAACUCACAAACCAGGGCAGGUACAAAUUGUACAUGGACCUUGAAGAUUUCAAUGCGAUUUGGGAGUAUUCAGAUCAUGCCUGUUUCCGUGUGGAAAAUGAACAAGCAAGGUAUAAGUUACACGUGGGUCCACAUAAUGGAACUGCAUACCACUCUCUGUGUUAUCAAAGAGGGCGGGAAUUUGAACAAAAACGAUGUGACCAGGAUCGUCCUGGGAUCUCUUGUUACCUAUACAAACCGGGAGGGUUUUGGAUGCGUAGAUGUGAUGCCCUGAACCCAAAUAGUUUCUAUUAUAAGAAGGCUGAGGAUUGCCCCAAAUACUCUAGGAAUAAGAAACCUGGGAUGGAUGGGACCAAGUUUAUUGAGAUGAUGAUAUCUGAGUCUGACAACACAACCUCCAGUAAACAAAAGUAUGAUGAAUAUUGCAAAUGAUGUAACAGAAAUGACAAGCCUUGGUAAGUCAUACAAGAAUGAUAGCCCUAAGUAGUUUAUUUACACAGAAAUUAUAACCCUUACCACACCGGUGGUUAUUGAAUUUCAAGGUGUGUGACAAAAAAAAAAAUCAACCAAUCAGAAUUACACCCAACAUGGAGGAAUGACAAUUACCACAGUACAGUAGAGAGGAUUCUGACAAGAUUUGAUAUGCCAAAAUUGUAAUGUUAAGAAUAUUUUCUGAUUCUUCUUGUGCAUCAAAAAAUGACAAAUGUAAAUCUUUAAAUGAAUUUUUCAUAGAUUCAACAAAUAAUUUUACAAGUAAAGUUUUAAAAUGAUAUAUGCGUUGCACAUGAAUUUGUUCGCUCCACUCACUAGGUGUAUUUAUUCAGUGGCUAUACAAUGUAGCAACCAGGUCCUAUGACACCAUUGACACAUAGGAGCGGGUCAUUAAACCCUUUAUUAUUUCACGCAAAAUAACCUACAUAGUGGAUAUUAGAUUUGAAAUGUCUAGAGUCCAAGAGAUAUACGUAUAUACGCAAUAUGCCUUACAUUUUCUUUGUCAAGAAAUGCAAAGACAAAAUAUUUCAGCAUCAAUUAGAGUUGCAAAGGGUGUCUAUUGGUGCCUUGAAGUCAUGUUUGUACUUAAUGUUAUAUGUAUCAUAUUGUAUGUACCACUUUUACUAGUAUGACAAAAUAAAUUCGUUUAUAGCACUAUCUGUGCCGCUAUGGAGUUGUGAUGUUAACAGGCAAUGAAGCAAAUGUAUGAAACGUAGACAGCAAAGAUAAACCUUAUAAGAAGAACAAUACAACAGGAUAUAUGGAGUCCUAACUAAAGGACACCAGUGUAAAAAUACUUCUUCUGUGAAUAGUUUCAAAGAAGUGACAAGGAAGAGGUGAUGGACAAAGAGGACAAACAAUAGACAGACUGUAGAUUUUCUAAAUAUACAUUUGAUUUUGAAAAGUAUUCAAGACAAUACACUACUGUUUGCUUCAUCAUAAAAUCUAUUUUACUGAUAUUUCAAAAUAUGAACAUAUAUCUACUAUAAAGACUUCUUUCUAUAAAAAAUGGAUUUUGUACACAAAAACACACUACACUGCACAAGGAAUGUAACAGUUAUACAAGUAGUCCAACAGCAAGACGUUACUGUUUACACGUCUUCUGCUGAAUUAGAAUUUUGGCACCAUAUUUCGUGUGUGUCUUUAGUGACUUCACAUAAUGUCUUAAAAGAUCGAACAGCCUUUUAAGAUUGCUUAGAUACAAAGAUAUUGGCAUGUAUGUGGCAAAAGGGAAUAAAACAUCUCCAGAUAUACAAAUACGAAACUUUGAAGAAAGUCUACACAUACAAGCAACUGAUAACCAAUCAUUUCACAUUUCUCACACAAAAAUAACUCCAAAAGAGGUCUUGUAAUUUCAGAACAGCACAAAGAAAUCUCCACACAUUAACUACAGUCAAACCUGCCUAAGCGACCACCUCUUCAAACCGACCAUCUGGUCAUUACAACCGCUUUUUUCUCGGUUCCCAAAAUUUUCCGCAUAGACGUAGGCAUUAAGUGCCCUUUUCAAUACGACCACCUGGCCAAUGCGCCUGCAACCGCCCAAAAUUAGGGCCAGACAGGACCAAAUCCUUGCCCAUAACGGCUGUGUCAUUUUGAAGCUUGAGAUGUCAUCGAUUUUCAAUGAUAACUACCAUGAUUUUGUGCCAAAAUUGGCCAAUUUGCGUCAAAUUUUGACUUCCAUACGACGUUAUGUUCAAAAUAAAAGUGGCGGCGGAUACGUGUGGGUGGAAUCUUUGGGAUCAUUUAUGCUAUGCCGCAGGCUUGUUGUGACAUGAUACUCUUCAAACCGGCCACCUGUUCAAAAUGCCUUUGCCCGGUCCCCGACUGGUCGUCUUGAGCAGGUUUGAUUGUACUAAACUUUUCACAGAGGGGUACCAGAUUUAAAUAUGCAAUACAAUGUGAGGUUUGAACUGAUUGCAAUGAUUCUUAAUUAACUUAAUGCUGGUUCACCUUUAUCCACAGGGUAACCUAUAUCUGUUGUAUCUAGAAAUAGAAUAUUUAAGGGUACACAUGUAUGUAGUUGACAAACUGUGGUUUCAAACUGCAUCUUUUAAAUACAACUGAUAUAGGUUACCCCACAGAUGAAGUUGGUGUUAUAACUGCCAUUAUAUUAUAUAAAACAUCAUACUAUUGUCUAAUUUGCAAUGACAAAGAUGAAGUAGCAUUUUUUCUGAUCAAAAGCUAUAAAUAAAAAUCUUGAUCCUGAGACAUUCUUGUCCUCAACUUCUUUCG